AUGCCUAGAGAACGACGUGCGAACAUCGGCCGCCGCACAAGACAUGCAAGCCAGCAACAAGUCUAUUCAAGGAACUUAAGAGAAGAAAGACAAAAUAUAAUAAGAGAAAAUGACCGAUUGAGACAUCGCGUGAGCACACGAAGAUCAUUGGCAUCAUACAAUCGCUUGGCAUUCCAAUAUGAUCCCACUGCGAACUACAGUGAUGAUGAAAAUUUGGAUAUUGGACGAAUGACGACUAUAUGCCGAUAUUGCAAUGCGUUAAAGUUCAAAAGAGAAACGGUUGGAUUGUGCUGCGCAAGUGGAAAAGUCAAACUGGAUCCAUUACUUACACCACCACAGCCACUGAAAACAUUGUUUGAUGGAAGUGAUCCCAUGUCCAAUAUUUCCCGAUCCAGUGCAAUGGGAAAAUUGUUAAUGCAAUGCAAGCUCAUUGUUUGGGAUGAGUGCACAAUGGCACAUAAGAAAUCACUUGAAGCACUUAACUUCACACUGAAGGAUCUUCGGAGAAAUAACAACAUCUUUGGCGGCUUGAUGAUAUUGUUGGCAGGCGAUUUCAGGCAGACGUUGCCAGUAGUUCCCCGUGGAACGCCUGCAGAUGAAUUGAAUGCUUGCCUAAAGGCAUCACCUUUAUGGAAUAACGUAAAAACAUUAUCGCUAACCACUAAUAUGAGAGUUCAACUUCAAAAUGAUCAAAGUGCUGCACAAUUUUCCAAACAAUUGUUAGAUCUUGGAAAUGGAAAAGUCCCAGUUGAUGCGACAUCUGGAUUAAUUACUCUUACCAACGACUUUUGCCGAUUUGUAGACACUCAAUUAGUUCUUAUUGAAAAUGUUUUCCCAAACAUUAGUGAGAAUUAUAAGAAUUAUGCUUGGUUAAGUCAACGAGCAAUUCUUGCAGCAAAGAAUAAUGAUGUCCACGCACUGAAUUUCACCAUUCAAUCAAAAAUUGCUGGCGAUUUGGUGACAUACAAAUCCGUUGAUUCAAUAACAAAUCCCGAUGAUGUAGUAAAUUAUCCAACGGAGUUUUUGAACUCUCUGGAGAUACCAGGAUUACCACCACAUAACUUGCAACUGAAAGUUGGUACAGUUAUUUUGAUACUGCGUAAUUUGAAUCCACCGCGACUUUGCAACGGUACUCGACUUUCGGUAAAGAGACUUAUGCCGAAUUUAAUUGAGGCAACCAUUAUUAACGGAAAGUACGCAGGUGAAAAUGUAUGUAUUCCUCGAAUACCAAUGAUUCCGACUGAUCUUCCGUUUGACUUCAAACGAUUGCAAUUCCCAGUUCGCCUUGCGUUCGCAAUGACAAUUAAUAAGUCGCAAGGCCAAUCGCUUAGUGUUUGCGGGAUAAAUUUGGAAAAUCAUUGUUUUUCACAUGGACAGUUAUACGUUGCGUGUUCACGAGUUGGGAAACCAUCCGCUUUGUUUGUGUUAACGUCAGACCAAAAAACAAAAAAUGUGGUUUACCAAAGAGCACUACAAUGA